AUUGUUCAGAUCAUAUUAUGGCUGAUAAUAUGGUGGAAGCCUGUUCCAGCACUUGUCAUCUUAUCUAAGGCGUUCUUUGCAGGUGUAUCUCUAUUUGCAGCCUUGGGGUUUCUUCUUUAUGGAGGAAGGCUUUUCCUUAUGUUACGGCGUUUCCCUGUAGAAUCAAAGGGGAGACAGAAGAAACUACAGGAAGUUGGUUAUGUGACAACAAUAUGUUUUUCAUGCUUCCUGAUUAGAUGCAUUAUGAUGUGUUUCAAUGCAUUUGAUGAAGCUGCAGAUCUUGAUGUUUUGUACCAUCCAAUUUUAAAUUUUGUAUACUAUCUGUUGGUAGAGAUUCUACCUUCUUCGCUCGUCCUUUUCAUUUUGAGGAAGUUGCCUCCAAAGCGAGGGAUCACACAGUACCACCCUAUUCGCUGAUACAACAGUGUGCAUUGGAUGAUGGAAAUCAAGCUCUGGGAUCAGGGUAUCAGAUGAGUUGGCUUUUACGAUACUCGUCUUACCUAGAAGUGUUUGAAGCAAAGACCAUAUAGUGAGAUAUUGUACGUGGAGCAUGGUUCAUCAGGACUCUUGGAAAAAUAGUUUGUUCUCUGCAGAUAUUAGUUAUGUCUGUAAUUUGUUUGUAGUCUUGAAGCAAGAGUUGUGGAAGAAGUUGUGUUAUUUCUAGUGUAAUUAUCUUCAUAUUUGUAUGUUUCAGAUUUCAAUUGAUUAUUCUUUCCCCCC